AGUAGCUGUCAUCUCUAAAGAGGCGCUGCUGCUGCUGCUGCUGCUGUCAGCCUUUCUCAAUGACAUCACAGCCGACUGCGAGUUUCCAACAUGGCGUCCAGCCGGGUGCUGGAGAGGGAGGUCCAGGAGGAGCCGCGGCGCGCUGCCACCGCAAACCUCGACUUCUGCCCCCACAAGCACUCCCUGCUCAUCAUCAUUGGACGGACAGCUCACCUCAAACACACGGGACAAAUCAGCGGGGACAUUGAGAGAGGUACGUUCAUCCCAACACGCCUCAAACAGACACAGUAAAUCGCUUUUCUUUCCUUUCCUAAUCGCUUGAAAUCCGCGUCCUACAAGUUCUAGUCGCUUUAAUCUGAACUGGUGAUGCGUUAUUGCAGGGUUUGUGCGAUUUUACCCACCCUGCUGACCGAGGAUGCGUCAUCUGGCGGUGCUCCACCAUCAGCACCACCUCGUCCCUGAAGGCACAUUGUAAUUAAAAGCAGUCUGAGGGCUGCUGGUUUGUCUUUGAAACAGCUGAUCCUUAUGUAAGAAAGCGCUUUUGGGGAAAAUUGUAAUAUGCAAACCAACAGAUAGACACUUGAAAACGGUGUGCUAUUAACCUUUGUGUAGGAGAGAGGGUAGACAUGCAAGAAUAACCCUUUACAAACUGAGUGUGGGCAGCUAUAAUGGGCAUUAUGUAUGGAUAUUUCAUAAAAAUAAAUGUAUUUACCCUUAAAAAUGAUAAAAUAAGACACUAACAGGACUGAGAUAUUCAUAAAACCAGGUCACAUUCAAUGUAUUCAACGUAAUAUUUUCAUGAGCAUGAGAGACGCACACUUGUGUCUUUGUAUGUAUCACUAAUAUAUAACAUAAUUCUAUUAAUGCAGUGUUUUUGCCUAUGUGUUGCACCAUAAGAUCAAAUACAAUUCAAUACAGCUGCUAUUCGUGUAUUUCUCUAUGAAGGUAGGUAGGUAGAGACAGGUAGAGCAAAGACAACACACAUACACUGUUCCAUACACUGUCCCAUAUAAAAACAAAACAAAAACAACUCAGAAAAGACAAUAUAAAAAUACUACUGUACUGUACUUUGUCAAUUCAAAAUAAAUAGUCUUUAGAUAAUGUAUCUGUGCUAAGACCAGCUGAACCAGUAUCAAAAAAUAAAGCUGCCCACAAUCUAUUUUAGUUUAUUCAAUUGUAAAAUCACCUGUGGUACAAAUGACCGCCUGGACCUGUUCUUGAUGAGGGCUGGGCACCGGUAUCUGCGGCCUGAGGGCAGCAGCUCAAACUCUCUGAACAAGGGGUGUUUUGGGUCUGAGAGUAUUUUCUCAGAUUUGUCCAGGGCAUGAGAUGUGAAGAGAUCAUGCUUUGUGUUUUUUUAUUAUUGUUUAUUUAUAUUUUUCCACACAUUCACCCACCCAUCAAUAACCCUGUUCUCCAUUUAAGCUCAGAAAAGUCAGAGUCAAAAAAAGAUUUGUUCAGUUGUUUUGAUAAAGCAGGUCCUCUUAAGACGUCUCUUUUCAUGAUUUCCUGCCAAAAACUAACUGCAUGAUGUUCUGUGGUUAAACAUUAAAUAUUAACAUAUGACUUCAUGCAAAUUUGCCCAUUGAACUUGCACAACCUGACAUUGUUGUUGUGUGUGUGGCAAAGUAAACCAUCUGUUAUCUUGUGUGACCUGUUUGAACUCCAGGUAUCCGGUCAUGGGACGUGGACUUGAAAUCCUGUAACCUGAACCUUUUUCUCCAAGAGUUUCUCUCCCAUCAUACGGCGUCCUUCAAAGGCGCAGGUAAAUACGUCAAAUUCUGUGACCCCGUACCACAAAAAGCCCCCCUGUAACCAUGGUUGCUUGCCAGGCCGUCCGGUCUGGGGUCAACAAGGCAGGAAGGAAGGAAAGUGUAGGAGCAGUCGGGCGAUUGUUAGACAUGGGUGGGCCCUGCAGAGAGAAAACAAUGGAGACCUUUAACCAGGCGGUGCCACCUCCCUUCUGAGGCCAUUUAGUAUGCAGAGCUGCACAACAAGGGAAAUGGUAAAAUGCUGACAAACAUCAGAGCCAGACAUUUGUGUUACAGCUGAGGUUUGAGGUGAUGAACACAGAUAUAAAACUGGCACAUCUCCGUCUGUGGAGGACAGAACAGAUGCCAGAGAGGUUACCAGGUUUGGCAGACACUUCUGUAGUGAACUCUCCUCUGAUAAGGCGAGGAGCUAACAUGUUUUUGUCAGAUUUACUGAAACGGUGGUAUCUUGUUCCACUAAAAAACAGAAUUAAAGAAAGAUAACCUGUUUGUUAGCGAUUGUCUUGUGCAAGAAAGGCAAUAGUAGACCAUCAGGGCUUCGGGAAAACAAGAUGAUUACCUUCAGGUGAUCAAGAUUAUAUUCUAUUGCUGAGAGAUGACUGUUUUUAGGCAACAAGAUUGUAACCUCUUCUUGCAUCAAAACUUUGCUGAUUAUCUUGUACAAUCUAGAAAGUAUGAUCUUGUUGAAACAAGAUAGAUAUUUGUUAGAAUAAGAUCAUGACCUGUCAGUGCAAGAUCCGAAGUUCUUUGUGGGACAAGAUCGUAACCAUGAUUUUGGUGUUUCCAGAGAGACAGCUGACUAUUUCUCUUAAAAAAAAAGAAUAUCUUGCAGGAACAAUUGAGCUUAUCUUGUUCUAAAUGUUUGGUAGGUAGGAAACAGAUAAAGUGCUCAUAUCCUCUAAGGGUGUGAAGAGUUGUUCCGACAAGAUGACAGCUUUUUCAUUCAAGAUACCUAAUCAUCUAAAAGGGGGUUUUAACACUGUGUUUGUGUAAGAUGAAUAAUCUUGUCAUGAGAUUUUAAUAUUUUUAGCAGGAUAGAUGGUUUUCUUGGGGAAGAUGAUUUUAACUUUGUCACUUUGGCUCUAAAUGUUGUUAUCCUAGUUAGAUAGAUUAAAGCUACUGUAAGCGUUUUCUGUUUUCUCUGUUUCCUAAACUGACGUCAUUAAGAUGUUGAAGGAGUUACUUUGAUAUCUCUCAUAUCAAAAGUUAAAUUUCUUUUCAAAGGUUUUCUUUUUUUGAUAUUCAGGUCAUUACUCUCCAUUUGGCUGCGUUAGUGUCUGUGUCAUCAAACGUUGAUCUAGUUUCCCUUAGACUGGAUAUACGCUGCAGAUUGAGUUAACUUGGCAUCUUAUCUUCAGACAGUCACUCUGACUCAGCUGUCCUACUCUUCUUUUUUCCUCUGUUUUGCUGAGAGAGUCUCUCACUCGCCUGGCUGUCCCGCUUGAUUUAGGCUUCAAUGAGUUUCCUUCCCUAUCUGGCUGUCUGACUGUCUGUCUUUCCUUUUCUAUUCUGUCUUUCUCUCUCUCGGCCUCCUCAGGGCAGAAGUGUCUGCGCCACAGCACCAGAGUGUUGGACACUCAGGUGCUGAUCAGUCCGUCCUCAGACCAGGUUCAAUCAGAGGUGAGGGGAUAAACCCUGGAUUCAUAUAAUCUGUGAAUUUAAAACAGUUUGGUGUGGUAUCCCCGAUGAGCGUUUUUUUGGUUUAAAAGAGGUCGAAUAGACGUCUAAAUGUUGCAUAGACGACUGGUCUAAAAUCAGGCUACCACAGGUCUACAAAUGAACGUUUUUUAGAUGUCUAAAUUUAGACCAAGUUUAGACUAAAUCAGUGGUUCUCAAGUCCAGUCCUCGAGGCCCCCACUGUCCUGCAUGUUUUGGAUGUUUCCCUGCUCCAACACACCUGAUUCAAAUGAUUAGCUCGUUAUGAAGCCAUUACAGAGCUUGAUAACGAGCUCAUCAUUUGAAUCAGGUGUGUUGGAGCAGGGAGACAUCCAAAACAUGCAGGACGGGGGGAGCUCGAGGACUGGACUUGAGAACCACUGGACUAAAUCUAAAUCUGGGCUAUAUCUUUACUACACUGUAUUUUGCUCAACGGCUAUCAUAAUUAUUUUGGUUUAGUACUUGGAGAUCAGUUAUGCAACUCAUAGUUGCUUUUUGAAAUAAAUAGUUAUCGAAUAAUGGGUUAAAGUGCAAUGUCUAAAUUCCAUCUAAGAAUAAACAGAAUCUAGACGGUUGAAAUUAGGUCUAAAAAAAAAACUAGACGUCUAAUAGCGUCUAUUGCUCAGUGGGAUCUGAAAAAAGCAGAUUGUUUGAGAACGAUUGUCUCUAAUUUGAUACUGUUCAAACACAAUGACAGGAUAAUCAAGAGUGCGAGUUUAGAGUUUUACUUGACGACAGCAAAUGCCUGUAAUUGCUUUGUUUGAUCCGACCACCAGCUUAAACCUUCAAGCUGUCUUAGAAAAUAGCAGAAAAAUCAAAUCAGAGUCGGUAACAAAGCACCUCUAAAGUUUUGAAAUGAAUUAUGUGUUAUUCUUCCCUCUUCUCUUUUCUUUUCCAUCCUAUUCUCUUCUUCAGUUAAUUAUUUCCACGGUUUAAGUGCAAACUAAAAACUUUUCCAUCUCUCCGGCCCGGCCAGGUGCUGACUCUGCUGUCCAGAGACUCGGCACACAAGCUGUUGAUCUUGGCCGGUCAGAGUGUUGAGGAGAGUGGAGAGCUGCUGUUUCACAGAGGGCUGUUUUCACCACACCAGCUAAAGCAGAUACUAACAGAGCAGGUACCACAAUGUCUCCCUGUGUGGCCUUUAUUCAUUUCUUUAAAUUCAUGUGCAGGUUUUAGCUUAGCUUCAAAGAUUAAUCUCCUUUUAAUGUCUAAUUUAAUGUCUAAUUUGUGUGCUGCGUUUCCUGAUUUUCUAGUUUUUACGCUUACUUAUACCCUGUCCUUAGUUCGUAGAUCAGGAGACCCCUGCCUCCUUCUCCUCCAAACUCAGCCUGACCCUCAGUUGUCCAAACAUCGGCCACUGGAGGAAGGUUUUGUUGGGGAACCAGCCUCUGCAGGGUCCAUUCACACUGCACAUCAACCCCCCAGAGGUGCUGCCCGCCAUGGAGGCUCUGGGGGAAUUCACCUCCCUAAUCUCUGGAACUCUCUCCCCUCCGUCUCCCUUCGAGCUCCUGCCUCCUCCCACCACUGUGGGGUUCCUCAAGUUGUCCCGCCCCUGCUGCUACGUUUUCCCUGCUGGUCGUGGUGACUGUGCCUUUUUCGCCGUCAACGGUUUCACGGUGUUGGUGGACGGCGGCUCGGACUCUCAGGCCUGCUUCUGGAAGCUGGUCCGCCACCUCGACCGGGUGGAUGCAGUUUUGUUGACGCACGUCGGGACAGAGAACCUCCCGGGGGUCAACACCUUUCUGGAGAGGAAGGUGGCUGAGCUGGAAAUAAGCUCUGACGUCAAAGGUAAGGAGACACUCACACUUAGAUGCUGGAAAAUAAAAACAACCUGUACAUCUGUGUCUGGAGCAACAAAUGAGGGAUCCUUCCUUUGAGAAAGAACGAUUGUGACGGUGUUGAUCUGAGGAAGAUGUGUGAAGUGAUUCCUCUGCUUUCAUCUAACCUUUUCUUAAUGUUCAAACAUCCCUCUGAUUUUCUCUUGUCUGCACAGAUGACCUGUCAAAGAAGCUGAUCUCCCCAGAGCUCGGAGUCAUGUUCUUUAACGCCCCCAGCAGGCUGCAGGUGGAAGAACAGUCAUGUGAGUGACGGGUUGAAUCCCACUGUUCAGUCAAACAUGCUCUGCUGGUAUCCUUUUACACAACACCUUUGAAACGGGCGCCUUUAGCACACAACCGUUAAUAUCUAUUUGGAUUUAUUUGCCUUUUAUUCAUCUGCCUUCAUUGAGUUUAAGGAGGGAAAAUAAUCACACACCUUUCAACUGCAGAAAUAACUAUGAUAAGAAUAAAACACUGUGACUGUACCGGAGCGAAAGAGAGCUUCACAGUAUUACAAGUCGGAAAAAGGAACAUUUAAGAUUAAAUUAAAACAAGAUGACAGUAUAGUUUGAUUAGAUUUACAUUCAUAGUCUUGAGUUAUAAAAUCCAGUUUAUAAAGGAGUGUUAGGUUUAGGUUUGUUUGAUCUCCUCCAAGUUGAGACUGAAGCAGCUGCUGUUGUCGGAGUGGGAAGUUACCGCCAGGUUUCACUGUCACACUUGUAAGUCAGCUUAGUGUCGAUUUACUGCAAUGGCACCAACAUUUUAGCCCUUUUAAAAAGAUGUAUUUAUUCUUUAUUUAAAAGUACGUAAAUGUGACAGAUUGUAGCCAGUAGCUAAUUUCCAAGUAAUAGUUGUUGGAAAAAAUAAAUGUACAUUGAGUAUGUUUAUGAAAGAAAAUGAGUACAAAGAAGUAGACUUGAGGCAGAGACCAGACAACAUGAGCUGUAAUACUCUACAAAGACCCUUCAAUAACACUGCAGAAGGUGGCUGUAAAUCUGUGUUUCAGACAAACCAGAGAUAAAGCUGGAGUCAGAGCUGAAAUUCAUUAGGUUUUUAAAGUGCAAAGUCUAGUGGUAAAGUGUUUAAGUGCUGAAGUCUUGGUGUAAAUUGAACCUUUGCCUGUUAAUUUAAAGUGCCAGUUUAUCUGCAAAUAGGCCGAUCUCACAAAAUCUGUAUUAAUAGACAUGUUUAUGCAUGUGCUGUUCUGUCACCUUUUUCAUAGAAGAAGUUGGCCGACUACCCUGACUACACUCUCACCAUUUAAUGUAAAGUGUUGCUGCCCUCUGCAGUUGCAAAACAGGCAUGUGUGUGAUUGUGUGCAAGUGCAACAUGUAGGGUGACCAUACGUCCUCUUUUACCCGGACUUUACCUCUUUUGGGGGGCUGUCCGGCCUUGUCUUGAGGGGUUUAUAAAAUUUUUCAAAUGUCCGAAAUUUUGUGUGGAAGUUUUGAGUUUGUGUUGCGUGGACUUACUGAGUUAGAAGCGCAUAAAAAAACACUCGAUCCGACCCUAAAAACUCGCAAAAUUUACUUUGCGCAACUCUGUGACUCCGCCCCCUCUAGUCGUGUCCUCUUUUUGGGGAUUGAACAUGUGAAUAACUAAAAAAAGGGGUUGCAUGUAUGUACACGCAAACAUCCACAUACACACUUUGCAUCAGGACAGUUUGGUUUGACUCUAAACCCUGUCCCUGAAUAAGAUGAAAACCAGCAGCAAGCUAGAAUUACAGAUCAGGGUACCGAUCGGAUUUCAGGGGGCAUUAUCACCCAAAGGUCACCCCCUGGAAAAGCCCCUGCCAUAACCUGCAGGUGAUAAGCAGUUAUGAAGAAGCGCAGCUGUUUUUUUAAAUAUGACUGACUCCUGUAAAUUCUUCUUCUUCUAGGUGUUGACUAUGUACUGAAGAGCACACACCAGGCAGCCCUCACUCUUCAGCUGUUAAAGAAGUUAGACAUCAGACCCCAUCCGUUGUUUCGACCACAGGUGAUCCCCAUCGAGCCGCUAACCCUGUUCCAGAAAAUGGGAGUGGGACAGCUGGACCUCUACAUCCUCAACCCUGGCAAAAACAGCCAAGAGUACCAAACAUUCAUGCAAAACUGGCCUGAUGCAGCGUCAUCUGCAACCAAAUGCCAGACUCUCCCUCUCACCACUCUGACCUCGGUGUCCGCCCUGCUCGUGUGGCACCCAGCGUGUCCCCAGGAGAAGGUAGUCAGGGUGCUGUUUCCUGGUGUUACCCCACAGGCAAAGCUGCUGCAGGGGCUGGAGAAGCUAAAGGGGCUGGCCUUCCUCCAGAAACCCUCUGUGACCAGCGGGGAUCUGGAGAAACUGGAGGAGGACAAACAAGCCAAAAGGACUGAGAGCCAGGACAACGGGAGGUCACCGGGGAAAGAGAUGACACCCAAACAUGGACAGGAGCGGGGAGGAAAAGACGAGGGAAAGGACUCUGGAAGGGGAAAAGUAUUAAAUGGAGUUGCUGACAAAAGCAGAAUCAAAGAAGCAGGUGCAAAGCAAAAAGCAGCAACAUCAGAGAAGAACACUUCAAAGAAAGGUGUAGGGAAGGAUGGGAAGAAGGAGGAGAAGUCUGGUAGUAAAGAGGAGAAUAGUCUUGGCAGGAGUGAUCCAGGGAAAAAGGAUACCGUCUCUUCAAAACCAAAGACUGAAAAUAAAACUAAACUCAAAAAAGAAGCGAAAAACGACUCAAAAACAGCAGCAAAGAAAACAAAAAAACCAUCAGGAAAAGAUACGAGUAAUGGCAAGAAGGCACAGGUCAACGCUGAACAGCAAAAAAACAACUCCACAAAACCCAGUGCUGGGACUGCGUUAGAAACCCAAGAACCAGAGAGUUUGAAUACAGAGCAGCAAAAACCAGAGACGGAGUCUGAAGGGAACCCGUGCAAUUCCAAGAUUUCCACCCCUGAGGAUAUGACGGCAGAUUUUCUGAAGCUCCAGGCCGAAACAGAAAAAGAAGAAGCAGAGAAGGAAAAGACGACGCCCGGUGAGGCAAGAAGUCCAGGCAAAGAGUCGGUCGAUGAAGCUGCUGAUACACUUUGCAAAGAAGCAGCGGGUUGUGAAGGGAUUACAGGAGGAGAGUGUGGAGCACAAGAGAAGCUUCAGACUCUGGAGGAGAAAGUGCAACCUGGGAAUGCAUCCAAACGGGCAAAGAUAGUAGGGUUUCCAACUCCUUUAAACAAAGCACCACCGACGGAGCAAACGGCCCAGCAGGACACAACCCCGACCGAAUACACGCUCCUGGACGGGGCUUUGAGAAGCAGCCCCCCGUCACGAUCAUCUCCAGAAAACCCGGCUAACAUCAGCCCUGACGAGGAAACCGUAGAGCAAGCCUCCCCUGAGUCACGGCCCAACAGUGCUGGCCACACUCCUUACUGUCUGUCCCCGGAUGAUGUGUGGUGUAACAGGGCCACCCUCAGCAGGUUACAGGCCCAGAUGAGCGACCAAGACUCAGCUGACGCCAACCAGCCGAACGGGUCGUCCAAGCAAAGUGAGGGGCAGCCCAAAACCACUCCAGAGAGCCACUCGAACCCCAGAGAGAAGCACCUCACCUUCCUCUCUCUGGGUUCCUUUAAAGACGGAUCUUCAGACCCCUCUCCUUCUGUUGCUACCACGACCACCACACACUCAAUGCCCGCAGAGGUGAGCUCGCCUCAGUCCACAGAAGUAGACGAAUCACUGUCAAUGUCGUUGGAGCAAGGACCGACAUACGUGAGCCAGAGAGAGGGGGACGACAGCGGUCAUCACUCCAACUCCAAUGGCAGCCAUUUUGCAGGGAUGUCUUCUCUACCAGGGAAGAAGGCUGUGAGAUCUUUAGGUCAGGGUUCAGAUAUGGGGCGGCCUUCAGCUCCAAGUUCACUCCAUUUUGAGUCAUCUGCUCAUGAUGUGGAUCUGUGUCUGGUCUCCCCCUGCGAGUUCAAGCAUUUCAAAGCACCAGACUCCAGCUCGGGUGUGAGCGAGCCCUCCAGAGGCGCUUUCCACCACGGCAACAACAACAACAACCCAAAAGAGGCGUCGCCCAGCGAGUCAAAUGCCCCUGCCUGCACCGAGGACUGCCCGUCCACCACAGCAGACGGAGCUCUGGACUCGGAUGAAGACGAGUCGUGCAGCGAGCCGUCUAACUCCCCCCAUGACACCAGUCGGGCUUUGCCUCAGGAUCCACCUCCAGCUCCUCUCAGGGAUAGUCCUCCCCUGCCUCCGCAUCCCGACACCUCCAUGCCAGUCCCUCAGUCUGACACCGAAGCUCACGGGAAGAGAGCAAAAGCAGCCGGCAUGCGAGGGAAAAAAACGCCAGCUGUAAGUUUUCUACACAGGGGCAACAAGUUAAUGUAGUCUUAUGCUGCGUUUGAGUUACCUUGGAGGUCAGAUGUCCGGGCUGGGAAUGAUGUCACACCAGAGUUACCAGCGCCAAGUCGAAAAAAGCUAAAUCAGAGGCAGAAACAAGAUGGCAACAUCUACGAAAGUUAUUUUAGCAUUGCCUUGUCCUUGCUUAUAUUCAGACAAGGCAAGCGCUAAAAUAACUUUCGUAGAUGUUGCCAUUUUGUUUCCACCUCCAAUUUUGCUUUCUUCUGACUUGGUAACUGAAACGCUGGUAACUAGGGUGUGAUGUCAUUCCCAGCUCAGACUGCUGACUUCCGAGAUAAUUCAAAGCAGCAUUUGGCCCAGUGUUGUUUUCGCUGAUGGUGACGAAUAUAUUUCGUCAACGUCAUCGUCAACGAAAACAACACUGGUGUGUGUGUGUGUGCGUUGGCGGAGCACAGCGGGCUGAUGACCGCUGUCAGAGCGGACUGAAGAUGCUCCUGUAUGUUUAGCAUUUGACAAAUGCUCAUGAAUUUUGCAACUCUGUUCGUCGUCCACCACUAACGUUUUCCUUUAGUCUAAUCUCGUCAACAUAAACGCACAUUCCUCUUGUCACAUUUUAGGCAUCUAAGACUUAUGUUUAGCUCUUCAAUGUCACGUCUUCGUUGUGGAAAAAAGGGGCGACAAAAUAUUUUUGUCAUCGUCAACGAAAACAACAUUGAUUUGGCCUAAAUUUUUGAUGAAUGUAACUUAUGAAGACAGCGGCGUGAGAUUUUUGUCAGGUACUAUUGAUAUGAACGUAGGUCAGGGUCAACAAAGAGAGGAAACUGACUGUUUUGUCCACCAGGGGGCUCCAAAAUCAACACAAAGUUAAAGUUACAUACAGGCGCUUUAAAGAUAGCAUUUUUACUUUAUUAUACCUGUACCUUGUAAACAAUGUCGCUGUUUUUUUCCAGGUGGUUGAAGCAUCCCAAAGAUUAGGCUCAGGUAAAAGCAGGACGGGGAGUCAAAGUGGAGUCACAAAGGUCUCUCUGACACGAACCCCUUCCUCCAGCAACCGUUCAACACCAGCAAAAUCCUCCCCCAAUCCAGGUGUGUACUAUCAAAUAUAAGACGCUUUGUUGUCUUCUAGGAUAAACCCCUCUCUGGUCCUUUAAUCAUUGCUGUUUCUCCUCAGGCUCUAAAUCUACCUCCAAUGGGGAAGUCAGCGUGUACGUGGACCUGGCUUACAUCCCCUCUGGAGCCUCCUCUUCGACAGUCAACGUGGACUUCUUCAGGUGUGUUCGCUCCUCGUGUUACAUCAUCAGUGGCGACAGUCCAGAGCGAGAGGAGCUGUUGAAAAACACGUUGGAUGCACUGCUGGAUGGAAAGAUGACCUGGCCUGACGCUGUGCAGGUAAAUAAUGUUACAUCAGUCUUUGUUUUAUGAAGCCAGAAACAUGAGAGUUUAACACCAGAGGAAAAACCAAACUGAUGCUAGCUGUUAUUGAUCUCGACAAGAUUAUUAGCAUCUAUAUGGAAGUAAAUCUGUGCCAUCUGAUUUUGAGUUUUGAAUUUUUUUUGCAUCAAAAUCAGACAUUGAAUUUCAAAACCACUGAAUUUCAAGCAAGCAUUUUUAUUUCUGACACUAAUUUUUUCACAAUAAUGCAAUAAAUUCAGGGUUAAAAAAGGUCUCAAAAAUAUUCGUUUAGUAAAAAAUGUGUGCUUGAAAAAACUGUGAAAAAAAUUCAAUAUAAAAAAAUUCAGUGUCAAAAAAUUUAGUGUUAAAAAAUUCAGUGUAAAAAGACUGACUCAACAUCCGGGGAAACCAGGGAGAAGCAAUCGAUUCCUCAAUCAUCCAUCAUCCAGCCAAUCAAUUAUUGCUAGAUUGGUCAUGUGGCACAGACCCCAGUGGAAGAUUAAAUCCAAUCGAUUGCUGUCGAAUUUUUUUUUUACAGUUUUUAAAGUUGAAUGUUCACUAAACGAAUAUUUUGAGAGACCGAUUUUUUUUUUUACACCAAAUUUAUUCCAUCAUUGUGAAAAAAUGAGUGUCAGAAAUAAAAAUGCGUGCUUGAAAUUCGAUGGUUUUGAAAUUCAAAGUCUGAUUUUGAUGCAAAAAAAAUCAGCUUUAGAAAUUAAAAUUAAAAAUCAGCUGGCACAGAUUUACCUCCAUACAUCUGGUCUCUCUUUCCUGAGAGUAUAACUCACUUUUUUAUCUCUCCCUCUGUAACUGCAGGUGACGGUGAUCCCCACUUUCGAGUCGUUGCUGAUGCAGGAGUGGUACCAGCAGACUCUGGAAAGGCAGAGGGAGCUGAGCAUCACCGUGCUCGGGUCUAACAGCACCGUCGCCAUGCAGGACGAGACUUUUCCUGCCUGCAAAAUCGAGUUCUAAGAAUUGAGUUCUUGGGACGUGCCGCGACAGGUGAUGAAGGGUGAAUCUGGACUCAAAGAUGGAUAGGGUUAAAAUUAAGACGGCCAAAAGAGUAAAAUAAAUAUGAUUCAGACUCAAAGAUUGUGGUUAAAUGAAAAGAAUAAGCAUUUUCGAGUGAUGAUGACACAAGAAGUCCAUCCCAUCUCCUCCAGGUGAAUCAUUUCUUUGUGGGCUAAUUCUGCACCCUAAAAACCUGAAUUUCUCUUAAUCCGAGGGAGCGCAUUCCUGUGGAGAGUGUUGCAUGAUUUUGUUCUUUUACCUAUGACCCUGUGAAAAACAGGAGAGGAGAUAAUAAUGCGGGCUGCAAGAGAUGCAUGUCGGGCUGCACACCUGUGGAUCCACAUGAAAGCUGUAGAUUAGUCAGUACAAUUAGCAUACACAGGGUAAAAAGGUGCAAUCUGUGGGCUUGUCUUGCAAAUGCUCUGAAGUGCAAUAGUAGUUUUUGUUAUGAAGGGUCUAUUUUGCUGCUUUAAAUGGAAUUUAUGUUUGAUUUGAAAUCGCACUGCUCCUGAUAGCACUAGUUUCGUUUUUUCCCUCAUAUUUGUUGAAGUUUGCUGAAGGAAAGUUGAACAAUGUGCUUGUAAUGCAGUGACAUUCAUCGUAUGCGGUCAGGAAAUCUGGGCAGAGUCAGUGUAACUGAUCAUAGUGAGGAAUAAUCCCUGGAGGAUUUGAGAUUACUCAAUCUGAGUGUGCAGAGAUAAAUCCAUCUACGGGGAUUAAAUGACUAACUAGAUUAAAUGUAAUGGAAUUACAGCGAGUAUUUUAUUAAAAUGUGGUAUUUAAGAGUAAUGCAUUGCUGCUGCUUAAAAUCAUCAUGAAUCAGACUAAUGAAUUAGACUUUUAGUUGUUAUCUUACUAAUAAAAAGUGAUGUAUUUGGAUUGUGGAUACUGUUAAACAGUUUACUGUACAUGAUUAAACUGCAUCAGCACUCAGUGAAGUCACCUUUGGGUGCAACAACAGCUUCAAGGUUGUUCUUUGUGAAUGCAGAGAAAUGACAGACUAGGUUUGGUUGGACAACAAUAAAUCCUGGAAUAUUAUGAGCUUUCUUUAAUCAAAUAUUAGGAUUGAUCAGCAGAAAUGUGAAUGUGGCAUUUAGCUUCCUUAAAACCAAAACAUGAAAUCACAAACACAUCUCCAGCUAUUUUCCUCUCCAUCUGAAUGCUGCCUCUACUUUAUAUGUAUGCACUGUUAAGCUUUUGGAUUCACAUUUGCCAUGUUUGAGACUUUUCUCAUUUUAUGCAAUCCUUUCUCUUUGUUAUAUUUCUUUCUUUAUGAUUCAUGAGUUCAUUACAACCCCUUUCACUAACGCUUUCUGCAAACAAACCCGCUGGAUUAAAGAAACUAUUGGGAUUUGAGUAGUCAUGGAUAAAAAUGACACUAACAUCACUGUAAUGAAGUGAAUUGUAACUAUGUGUAUUUGUCCGCAUGUAUUAAAUACUGUAUGUACUGUAUGUUUCAUUCAUGAUAUUCAUGAAGACGGGGAGCAAAGAACUGUGGGAGAGCAGGGUGGCGGGAUGAAAAGCAUCAUGGCGGAGUUAAACAUGAACAGCCUUUCACUUUGUAAUUGUAAGUAAACACAGUAACAUUGUUAAAAAAAGGCAAUGUGGCAGGAAGUAAUGUAUGAAUAAAGAAUGUGCAUCACCAUUCGAAAGUUGUGAAAGUGCAGAUUGAUUUACAUCUCAGGUUGUUGAAGCUGAAAACAAGUCAACUUCACUCUUGUUUCUGCUUUGUGGGUCAUUUACAGAGUCUUGCCAACCACCUUUUUUUUUAAACUUAGAUUUUAUUUGCAUUUUUUAACAUAACAGAAACAAGAUAUACAGUCAUACAAAGAAAAAUAUAAAUGAAAAAAAAAAAAACACAAAACAUGGAUUCAUUCACAGAGAAGAAAAGAAAUUCGUCCAUGUGGUCUCCAUCAAAGUUGUCCAUUUUUUAAAAGUUGUGUUGAUAGAUUUAUAUUUGUUCCAUUUUUCCCACUUUCGGGUGUUUGUUUCUUGCUGGAGUCGUAGAGCGUGUGUUAGUUUCUCCAUUUCAUAUCGUCCUUCCACCGUGUGCAGACAGCUUUUCUGAUUGGGUGGAUUCUCCUUCUCCUCGUGAUGGCCUUCUUUGAUGCUACAAGAAGUAUUUCAGUCAAGUAUCUCUCUUUAGUUUGUAUGUUUUCCUGCGUGAGAUUGCCAGGUAUAAUACAUUUAAGGUCAUGGGGAGCUCAUAGUCUAAUAUUUUUAUUAUUCCUUUGCUUAUUUGCUUAUCAGCCGUCUUUGACCACUUUUCAGUCCAGUCUGAUUCUCACCAGGUGGCCCAAACCCAGCUGGAGGACUGAAUUAUGCGUUAUACUUACAACAAGUAUUUAAAGUACUUUAAAUCACUGUGUAUAUUGCAAUUAAAAGAGAAGUGACUCAGGGGAUAAGAACACUGACUUGGACUUCUGAGGUCGUGGGUUGGAGCCUUAUUCGGGACAGGGUGAAUUUUAAAGUCGAGUGUCUAGAGAGGAGAGUGAAAGAGGAAGCAAAGGGCAUAUUCCUGUGUGUCCAUGUGUCUCAGUGGAUGAGAACACUGACUGGGACUCCUGAGGUUGUGGGUUUGAACCUUAUCCAGUAUGAAUUUUUAAGUCCAGAAGCCAAAGUACCAAGAUGAAAGCACGCAGAGCUCAUCCCCAAGAGUAGUAUUAGUUACUUUAAAAGAAGAUGUAAAUUCAGGAGGAGAUGUAAUACUCUGAGAUGCAAAGACCACUUCCAACCACAGAUAUGCAAGACCCCAGAAGUAGAUUUCAAAAUAAGCCCCACCUCUUACAGGCCAAUUAAAGUAACUGAUCAUACUUUGGGGGUUUUGAGAGGGGGACACACGCCAUCUCGUUGUUCCCUUGUGAAA